AUGAGGCUGUCAGCACCUCGAGAGGUGCUGCCGGAAACUGUUCCAUCUGUCUGGAACGCACCCCCACUUCAGAUGUGGCCUCCUGCCCAGUUUGCUGCUCUGCUGGACCCCACCCUCCUGCACCUCACACGCUUUUCCCCCUUCAUCCCACACAUCAGUUUGUCUUCCCGUGUGGCUUGGGUUGCGGACUUUGGUUGUGGCCUGUCUGGUGGUAAUGGCGUCCAGGAUGAGCAAGUAUUAGCGACAGUCCCACUGUGUCACCUCAGGGAGGAGCACAGGUCCCGUGAUCCACGUAAGUGGACUGUCCAGCUUGGGGAGCUGACUUCCAAGCCAACUCGCUGGAACCUGCAGGCCUACCACAACCGGUACAGGGUGGAGGACAUCAUCUCGAACCCCCUAGCCAGAGGGGUGCUGAGUGACAUCGCCCUGCUGAAGCUGGCCUCCUCUGUCACCUACAGCAGGAACAUCCAGCCUGUCUGUGUCCUGUCUUCCACCUUCAUGUUCCAGCACCGGCCGGACUGCUGGGUGACCGGCUGGGGGGCGCUCAGUGAGAAUAAGAAACCUUUGCCACCACCUUACCUCCUCCGGGAAGUGCAGGUCGCCAUCCUAAACACCACCAGGUGCAGGGACCUGUUCAGGAUACCCUCUCCACUCAGUGUAAUCAAUAACGACACGAUUUGCGCUGGUUCUGAGGAUGGCAGCGUAGACACCUGCAGAGGUGACUCAGGAGGACCUUUGAUCUAUGAGGAUAGACUAUACUAUCAGGCUGGACUCAUGAGCUGGGGAGACGGGUGGUCAGCCCAACUGUCCUGAGUUUACACUGAUGUCAGUUUUUUCUUCCCCUGGAUCCAGUUGCUCAUGUUGCACAGUGCACUCAGGUCAGACUCUUCACUGCCUUUUCUGUUCUUCACUCUGUCCUGUGCUUUGCCACUCCUGGGACUGAUCUGUGUCCCCAGAGCCUGUGUGGAUGCUGGCAUACUGUCAUAUGUGCCUGAGAUUUGGGCAUCAGGGUCAGGUGGGGCCAGCCUGCUGUACCAGGCUCCUGUCCUCCUCUCUGUCCCAUUUGUUAAAAAAUGUUACUCGUACGUUGAAGUUUUGACCCCCAAUGUGACAGUAUUGGGGAUAGAGCCUUUGGAGAUAAGAGCAGAGACUGCCAAGAGCUUAGGCUCUUCCGCCUCCAUCUCCCCAAAGGUUCCUCCUGGGCCCCGGGAGGAGUUCUCCUGCCGUGUCCCCAGCCCAUCCUCCAUUGCCUCUGCAGUGCAGCUGGAGCUGUGA